AUGAAUAUAAUAAACUAUUUGUAUAACAAAAGCAAGAGUAUAUAUAAUAGAAAUAUUAAUGCAUACAAUUAUAACAAUAUUGAAAAUGAAAAUUUAAUUAGUAAUAUUGUUGGCCUGAGUAAUAGUUAUAGCAAUAAUAGCAGCUCGUCCAAAUCGUCUUCUCAUACGUUAAUAUUAAAUAACAGAAAUUCGAAAAAUAAGCAAAAGAAAAACAAUAAAGAAAAAAAUAAAAAACCAAAUGAACAAAAAAAUUUAGCUAGUUACUUGAACAAUGCAGGAAAAAUUAAAGAAGAAAAUGCAAAAAAGAAAAAAAAAGAUAUUAACGAAAUCGAACUGGAAUAUGGCAAACUGAACAGUAAAAAUAUUUUAAAUAGCACUAAAAACGAUAAUAGCAAUAAAAACGAUAAUAGCAAUAAAAAUGUUAAUAGCAAUAAAAACGAUAAUAGAAAUAAAAACGAUAAUAGAAAUAAAAACGAUAAUAACAAUAACAACAACAAUAAUAACAACAAUUAUAAUAACAACAAUUAUAAUAACAACAAUUAUAAUAACAACAAUAAGAACAAUGAAAACGUUAACAGCAGUAAUAACAGCAACACAUGUAACAAAGAAAACAAAAAUGUAAAUAUAAAUAUAAAUAAAUCAAAUUACGAAUUUAACAUUGAUAACAUAGGUUUUGAUGCAAAGGUAUACAAAAACAGAUGUGAUGGAGUAUGUGUUUUAAAUGAUAACAUAUAUAUUUUUGAUAAAAUUAAAAAAUGCAUUUAUUUAUAUACACCAUAUAAUAAUGUUUGGUAUAUAUUUUUAAAUAUAUACGAAGAAAUAUCUAUAAAAAAAAAUCCAAAUUUUGAAAUGUCCACAUAUGAUAUGAAAGAUGAGAUAAGUAGUAAAAAUGUAGCCUAUAAAUAUUUAAAUAAUAUUUCUUUUAUAAAUUAUACCGAUAUAGUAUAUCUGAAUGGUUGUAUAUUUAUCAUUAGUAGUAAUGCACGGUUUAUGAAUAUAUGUAAAGUAAACGUACAUAAUAUGAACACCUUGUUUGGCACAAUUGUAGUAGAUGCACUUCAAAAAAAUGUCGAGAAUUUUUCGUACAUCCUGGAUAUGUUAAGAAACGAUUGGAAGUCUUCCCCUGGUAAGAGUAAAUCGGAGGACGCUAAAAUGCAUGGGGUGAAAGAAGGACUAGUGGGGGAAGAAGCGAGGGUAGAAGUUGGUGUAGCAGCAGGGGCAGCAGGGGCAGCAGUGGGCGUAGGAGGUAAUGGGAAGAAGUCAGAGAGUAAAGACGAGUUAGGUCAGGUGGACGCAGAUCUAUACAUAGAAGCGAAUAGGAAAAGAAAUAUUGAUGAGAUUAACAAGUGUAGCUAUAUGCACGAUGGUGAAGUAAUUGGGUUAAAAGGGACAAAGGGGUUAAGCAGAUUAAAUAAAGGCAUGUGCGAAGAUGAUGAGUUAAUCAAAGAUUAUGAGAGAAGUUUCUGUGAAGACAAAACGUAUGACCAUGAAGAGUAUGUUAGCGGAGUGUCCGAAUUUUAUGAAUUUUUACAAAACAGAAACAACAAUUGUUGUAAGAAGAAAAAAAGAUUAAUAAAGGCAAGGGAUUAUUUUUCAAUAUGCAGUGUGUAUGAAAAUUCUUAUUCAUUAAUUUAUUUGUUUGGAGGUAAAGGAAAUACUACUAAGAAGGAAAAUGAAUACAUUGAUAUAAUUUAUAACGACUUAUAUGUCUACGAUUUUUAUAAGAACAAGUGGAUAGAGUUAUAUCAGUAUGGAAAUAAUAAUGAAGAUACACAAUGUUGGAAGAGGGUUAGUGAAUAUAGCGAAAAUGUUAAUGUACAUGUUCCGUUUCAUGACCAUGUUAAUGCAAAAAAUAAAAAUAAUUAUGAAAAUAGUAAUAGCAAUUUUAUCAUAAAAGGAGGAAAUAGAAGCUCCUUUGAUUUUAAGAAAGAUGCUUGUUUCGUUACGUAUGAUGAAAAUAAAUAUGCCAUUGGAAGUUACACAGGUGCAAUAGAGGAAGACAGAAAUAAUAAUUUUUGUUUUGUUUUAUCGAAUGAUAUUUCGUACAGUAUGAACAGUUUUACCCAAGAGAAAAGAAAUCAUAAUAGUGAAGAUGUAAAUGAGCUCAUAUCACUAGACAACGAUACCACCUUGGCUACCAUGGCUACUCUUAACACCUCCACCAUUGCAAAUAACUACAUCAUUGAUAGUAGUAACAACAACAGUAAUAAUUUCAUCAUGGGUCUUAGUAACAAUAACAGUACUAACGAUUUUGCCGUGCGUAGUGAUGGAAGUAGUAGUAGUAACAGUAUUAGUAGCAAUAAUAAUAAUAAUAAUAAUUUUACCAUUGGUAGUAGCAACAUCAACAGCAAUAAUAGUAACAACGAGGGUUGUUAUACAGACGAACUGUUCGGAGGAGGGUACAUAAAUAAAGAGCUCAGGGAAAAGCUAAAAGUCGAGGAAUAUAACAAGAAUGAAGAUUUUUAUAGUCUUCUUUUUGACCCAGUAAAUGUGUUAGAUGAAACAAAUAGAAACGGAAAGUGUAGUGAUGGUGAUAAGGAGGUUAAGGGUGAGGAAGUAGGAAGCGCUGAUAAGCGAUGGGUGGCAAAAAAGAGCACCAAUUUAUAUUAUGAGAGAAGUCAUAAAUUUUGUUAUAACUGUUUGAAUAAUAAAAAAUGUACGUACAUAUGUGAUUUGAUAAAAAAAGGUAUAAAAAUAAAAAGUAUUAAAUGGCUAGGGAAAAGAGCAGGUCAUACAUGUGCUUAUUAUAAAUAUAACCUGUACAUAUUUGGAGGGAUAAAUUAUUAUAGUUUUAAUAGUAAUAAAAUAAAUUUAAAUUUUUGUAAUAAUUUGUAUUUAUAUAAUAUAGAAUCGAAUAAAUGUUUUGAAAUAAUUGGUAAGGGCAAUAUACCAGAAAAAAGAUAUAGACACAGUUGUGUUAUUAUUAAUGAUUAUAUGUUCAUAAUAGGUGGAGAAUGUAAAAAUUCGACAUUACCAAAAAAUGAUAUAUUUUUUUAUAAUUUUACGAAUUCUGUAUGGUCAGAAAUUAUUUUAAACUCAAAUAUAGCUUCUCAUUCAUUAUACAAAACUGUGUGGUUAGAAAAUUUUGGGUCCAUAUACAUGUUCGGUUCCUCUAUACUAAGACUAACUAAGAAAAAUUUUCAGUACACCCCUUCAUACAAAAAUAAUAAGAAAAAAAAGGAGAUAGAUCUUUUUUGA